AUUUGGUAAAUCAAUGGAAAGAUAGAAUCUUUCGUCCACGGCAUUCCAAGUCACCAUGUCAUAUCUUGCGUCUUAUACCUUAAACUAACAACUCUGAUUCCACCACCCUUUCUUUCUUCUCAACAAUUUCCCCCAAAAUUGCCAGUUUUGCUGCUAGAGUUUAGAACCCGAGUGAUCUGUCCUUGUGAAUAGCCGAUAAGGCGAUAACGAUCAAUGGGGGUACAGAGAAACCUCAUGAACAGAAAAACCCUCAAUCAUGUCGCAAAUGCGAUGUGGGUUUCUAAUCUGAAGUCCAAUCUUCCUUCCCUCCGCCGGUUUUCGUCAUUGCAGCCGCCGGAGCUUCCUCCUUUUGAUUUCCAGCCGGUUCCGUACAAAGGUCCAUUAGCCGAUGAAGUAUUCGAAAAGCGAAAGAAGUACCUUGGCCCUUCUCUCUUCCAUUACUACCAGAAACCACUUAAUAUAGUUGAAGGAAAGAUGCAAUAUUUGUUUGAUGAAAGUGGAAGGCGUUAUCUUGAUGCAUUUGCUGGAAUAGUAACUGUCUCUUGUGGACACUGUCAUCCUGAAAUUCUAAGAGCUAUCGAAGAGCAAAACAAGCUUCUUCAACAUGCUACAACUAUAUACUUACACCAUGCAAUUGGUGAUUUUGCAGAAGGUCUAGCAGAAAAGAUGCCUGGAAAUCUAAAGGUUGUGUAUUUUGUAAAUUCUGGGACAGAAGCAAAUGAGCUUGCAAUGUUAAUGGCUAGACUAUACAGUGGAAACCUUGGGAUGAUUGCCUUGAGAAAUGCAUACCAUGGUGGAAGUGCUGGAACAAUUGGAUUAACAGCUUUGAACACAUGGAAGUACCCAAUACCACAGGGUGAAAUUCAUCAUGUUGUGAAUCCAAACCCCUAUCGUGGGGUCUUUGGGUCAGAUGGGAUUCGAUAUGCUGAAGAUGUUCAAGAUCACAUUGAUCAUGGAACUUCAGGAAGAGUUGCUGGUUUUAUAGCUGAAACCAUUCAGGGAGUUGGGGGAGCAGUGGAAUUGGCCCCGGGUUACUUGAAACGGGUUUAUGAAAUGGUGCGUAAAGCGGGUGGUGUUUGUAUUGCUGAUGAAGUUCAAACUGGAUUUGGCAGAACAGGAAGCGAUUAUUGGGGUUUCCAAACACAAGAUGUAAUUCCAGAUAUUGUCACCAUGGCAAAGGGAAUUGGAAAUGGAUUACCCUUAGGAGCUGUGGUUACAACUCCUGAAAUAGCACAAGUAAUGUCUCAAAAAAUACAAUUCAACACUUUUGGAGGGAACCCUGUGUGUUCAGCUGGAGGACUUGCAGUGCUUAGAGUUCUUGACAAAGAAAAUCGCCAAAGACAUUGUGCUGAUGUGGGCUCCCAUUUGUUUGGGAGAUUGAAAGAUCUUCAACAAAAACAUGAUUUGAUUGGAGAUGUGAGAGGGAGAGGAUUGAUGGUGGGAAUUGAGCUUGUGACUGAUCGGAAAGAGAAGACACCAGCAAAGGGCGAAACUGCCAUUUUGUUUGAAAAACUACGAGAGCUCGGGGUUCUGGUUGGAAAAGGUGGAUUACAUGGGAAUGUUUUCAGGAUAAAACCACCUAUGUGCUUCAAUAAAGAUGAUGCAGAUUUCCUUGUGGAUGCAUUGGAUUAUUCGAUGUCAAAGUUAAGAAGUUGA